CGACCUCAUCACAUAUUCCUGAGCUCAGCCCGUUCCUUUCAAGCAUUAGCAGGGUCAAGUCGCUUCCCUGUCCGGAUACCGACUCAUCUAGGACGUCCCCUUCCCCUCCCUCCCUCUCCCCACUCCCCUCUCCCCUUCCCCCUCCCUUGACCGUCCUCCCCCUCGCCGCUGACCGUCAUGGCCUCCUCGCAAGCCUCGUGGUUUGCGCGUCGCCUCCCGAACGCCCACGCUCGCUACCAAUCAAUAGCCUCCUCUCGAGUGGGUCGAACCGCCAACUUCACAUGGAAGUACAGACGGUAUGUGUUCUUCACGCUGGGCGCCACCUACAUUGGGGGCAUCUACGCCCUCGCAAAGCUGGAAGCAGCUCAGCGUGACGAGGUCAAACCCAACACCUACCUGUACAUGAAGGUCUACCCUGGCUCCAUAGUUGAAGUCAAGGGACCGCCAAGCUUGUCGCAUCUGGCGGUCAGCCCGUCGGCGGGGGAGGACCCGCCGAGGACUAUGGAGCUUGUCGAGAUUAUCAAGGCUAUCAAGUGGGCAGAAGUGGAUCCGCGCAUUCGAGGUCUCUUUGCCGACUUCUCAACACUGAACUGGCCAAGCAAUCGGGCUAGUGAGGGUCUGGGGCUGGCGCAGAUUGAGGAGCUGAUGCAGGCGAUCCACGACUUCAAGGUGGCCAAGGACGCACAAUUUCCCCCGCCAGAAGCGCAGUCUGCCCUGACCGAUGGCAAAGAGCAGGACGACAACGUUACUUCGGACCUGUCUGCACAGCCUAGCGGGCAAGUCCCCGUCCACCUGCCCAGCACCGUCGCCUUUGCAGACACAUUCCUGUCUCAAUCCUCGUACCUCCUGGCCUCCGCCUUCGAGAAGGUCUAUCUCCAACCGUCGGGCUCCCUUCCUCUGGUAGGCGUAUCAGCGCAAGUCCCCUUCUUUUCUCGUCUGCUCGGCAAGCUGGGCGUCAAGAUGCACUCCGAGGCCCGUCGAGAAUAUAAGAGCAUGAUUUCUCAGUUUGUGGAGGAGGACGGACUCACGAAGCCUCAGGCGGAGAAUGAGGCGCAGCUGCUCGGUGAGCUGAACAGGAGCGUGGCGUACGGCAUUGGCGUCAACAGGUUCAGAGAGAUCGAAGACGCGGAUGAGGCGGCGGACAAGGUGGCCGACCUGAUGCAGCGUGGUCCAUUUUCGGCCAAGGAGGCAGAAGAGGUCGGUCUCAUUGACGGGAGGAUGUACAAAGGAGAUGUCGUCAACAUGUUCUUCCCGCAUCGCGAGGGAACACCAGACCUCAAAGGCGUCUUUGACCCUGCGACCGGGGAGCUCACGCCGGCUGCUGCUGCUCAGGCAAGGAAACAGGCUGACAAUGAUGACCAGGACGAGUCGGAGACUCUCCACUUCAAGACCCUCCCACACUACUCUCGCGUCCAAGCCUACGCAACAGACAAGCUCCUCAACGAGGACAGCAAGAUCAACGUGGCCGUCUGUUACCUUCGUGGGUCCAUCUCAUCCGCCUCGGGAGACUACUCAGCCUCAGCCGUGGUCAAGGGCCUGCGAGAAGCGGCAGACGACGAUGACAUCACGGGAAUUGUGCUGCGCAUCGAUUCCGGAGGAGGGGACGUUGUCGCGUCUGACUCGAUUUGGCAUGCCAUCCGCCGCGUUAAGGAGACGACGGGCAAGCCCGUAGUAGUCAGCUUCGGCAAUGUGGCUGCCUCAGGCUCAUAUUACGCUGCUACGGCCGCAGACGCCAUCUUCGCGAGCGAGUCGACCGUCACUGGAUCGAUCGGUGUGGCUUCGCUGCGCCCAACGCUCAAGCAGGCCCCGCUGUUCGACUGGGCAGGUGUGCGUGUUCAGUCUUUCUUCACAGGAUCUAAAGCCGAGAGCCUCCUACAUGAGAUGGACGAGGGGCAGCUGGCGAGGCAAAAGGUGCACAUUGAUGAGACGUACGAGGACUUCUUGGAGAAGGUCUGCAAAGGGCGCGGCAUCACUAGUGGGGACGUCGUGGAGGGUAUCGCCGGUGGACGAGUAUUUACUGGGCUAGCAGCGUGGAGCUUGACAAGCCCAGAAUCGCUGAGACCUCGUGUGGCUAGCAGGAGGGGUGGCAGCGGUGCAGUGAACAUCAGCACUGCGGCGGAUGAGAUUGUCAGGCGAGCAGAGGAGGCUCUUGGUCUCUCAGCCUCCAGCUCGCGAUUUGAGGACGUCACCUUCGAGCCGGAGAGGCCUCUCUCUGAAUGGGAUCUCGAGGACGCCACGCGCGAGGGAGAGCUGAGGACGACGCUUGUCAAGCUGAGGAAGCGCGGAAGUCGCACGAGCAGUAGCAACGAGGAGGCUAGCGAAGAUGAAGCAACCUCCUCCUUUUCGGCUGCUGUGGGCGACGCGGCAUCCUCACUUGCGUCAAGCCUCUCUUCAACGUCAUCUCCACAGGACGGACAAGAAGCUCACCUCGCCGCCACGCGCGACGCGGCUACAUCUUCAAGCUCAUCCGCCGAGCGUCACGUCGAGGAAUCUCUCCGCACCACUCCACCCUACGGCAGAGGUCUAGUGGACGCCAUCGGCGGAGUAUGGGAGGCGGCAGCUCACGCAGUCCAGCUUGGCCUCAUCCGUGAGACUAUGAUUCUGAUGCAAGAGAAGGGCCUGACCUCUACAGAAGAGGCGUUUGCAGCUCUUCGACCAGGCUGUGUGCGCGAGCGACCCAUCGAGCCCGCUACCCUUGAGCAGAUCAAAGAGCAGGUCCAGUCUCUUGAGGAGCGAGCUGCUCAGCAGAAAGCCGAGGCACAAAAGCUCGAAGAGAAGGCUGGGAACGAAAAGGGAAAGCAGCAGGCCAGCAAGAAGAUGAAGGAGGCGGAAGAGCUCACCCAGGGCGUUGCGAUGAUGCGCAAGAAUGUCGAGAGGCUGGAGGCGAACAAGCCGGCCAGUGGCGAUAGCGAGGCGGCGCCUCAAGAAGAAGGCGAGUCGUCCGCUGAGGGCGCCAGUGGUGUCGCUGCACAGCAGCCACAGCCUCAAAUGUCCCUCACCGCAGACGUGCGCCUCAUCAAGUAUCCGAAGGACCGCACUGUGCUGGAGCGAGUGCGAGAGCUCAACAAGCGCGGCGAUGCGCCCUCGCUCUCCCUCGGACAGUGGGCGGGAGUCUACGCUGCGGAGGCGGCGAGGACUGUAUUGGGGGACGCGGCUGCUGGCUGGUUUGGUGGGAGGGAGCCCGCGGCGUUGUUGAGGGCUUGGGUGGGCAGGACAGUUCAGGAGGAGGCGGAGGCACGGGGUCUGAGGGGAGGGGUCAGAAUGGAGUACGGUGGACUGGGAGGCGAGGCAAGAUGAUCCUAGACAGACGUCCCACGGACAUCAAACUUAGAAAUGGACUAGACCAUUCACUGCUCUUCCC